AUGACUGACAAUGACGAUGAUCAUGACGAUGACGAUGACGAUGAUGAUGAUGAUUACGAUGACGAUGACGAUGAUGAUGACGAUGAUGAUGAUGGAGACGAAGACGAUUACCAUGACAAAGACGAUGAUGAUGACGAUGACGAUGAUGAUGACGAUGACGAUGACGAUGAAGACAAUGACGGUGACGAUGAUGAUGAAGAUUACGAUGACGAUGACGAAUAUGAUGAUGACGAUGACGAUGUCGAUGAUGAUGACGAUGACGAUGAUGAUGACGAAGACAAUGACGAUGAUGAUGAUGACAAUGAUGAUGAUGAUGACGGUGACGAUGACAAUAGUGAUGACAAUGACGAUGAUGAUGACGAUGACGAUGAUGAUGAUUACGAUGACGAUGAUGGAGACGAAGACGAUGACGAUGACGAUGAUGAUGAAGAUUACGAUGACGAUGAUGAUGAUGAUGAUGAUGAAGAGGACGAUGAUGAUGAAUAUGACAAUGACGAUGAUGAUGACGAUCACGAAGAGGACGAUGACGAAGACGAAGACGGUGACGAUGAUGCUGAAAAUAAUGACGAUGACGAUGAUGAUGAUGAUGACGAUUACAGUGAUGAUGACGAUGUCAAUGACGAUGAAAUUGACCUUGACGAUGUCGAUGACGAUGACGAUGACGAUAAUGAUGACAAUGACGAUGAUGAUGAUGACGAUGAUGGCGAUGACGGUGAUGGAGACGAAGACGGUGACGAUGAUGAAGAUUACGAUGACGAUGACGAUUAUGAUGAUGAUGACGAUGAUGAUUGGUGCACCAUGGGAGAGAAUAGUCAUUGA